GCUCGUCAACGGACUUGCGGCGGGCAUUCAGUAGUGACUCGAGCGUCGUAUACGAAACUCAAAAAUCCGGUCGACUUUUUCACUCUCAAGUUUUUUUUUUCAUCCGUAAAAACCGCCCCAAAAAGCCCCCAAAACGCUCACAACAAAAAAAUCAUUCAAACCUCCCACCCCUCAACUCCACCAAUUAAAUCCCCAAAUACCAACAAACAAUUAAACUCAAACUCCCGUAACAACCACAAUCCUAGAAAUCGCAAAAAACCAUUUCGAGUUGAGUCCUAGAGUAGAAGGAUUCGAUGCGAUUCGCCGCUAGCGCGAGUUCAAACUAUUGGAAUUUAAAAAAAGGCGCGCACACUGGAGAAACGAUAUAAGCUGUGAAGUGCAAGUGCUUUGACAUUUAUUCAAUAGAAUAAAUUGCAUUGAGAUAAAUAGCCGGGGGGAAGGGAGUUUAAAAGUAUCAACGAGUGUUACUCCUUUCCCCUUCCACCGUCGGUGGUGUGCGCCCCAAGUGUUAUUUAUCUACAAAACUAUGAUCCUGUGAUUCGACGUGUUUAUACAAAACCCGUUUACACGGUAGUCCAGAGGUGCACCGACAGGUUGCACCGUUGCUCAUAACAAAAUAAAAGCAAAAUAUAAAUAAACAGAAGAAGAAAUCAUGAAAAGCACCGCGAGACGCCGGAACUCGCGAUCCCUUGAUCUAUCGCUUCUCAUUCUUGCUGUUGCAACCGGUGUUAAUGGAUUGACAAAUGUCACUCACAACAUUCCGGAGGCAGUGGCCAUCGGCUCAAUUGUCAACCUCAGCUGUUCAUAUGAUCUGCAAAAUGAUCCAUUGUAUGUCGUCAAAUGGUACAAAAGUGGAUCUGAGUUCUACAGAUAUCUGCCGAAGGAAGCCCCACCGAUAGCUGUUUUUGGAAAUUUUUCAGACAAAAUUAAUACUGUCCUGAGUGAUGCUCACAGAGUUGUCCUGAAAGAUGUCACACCGGAUCUCGAGGGCAAAUACAAGUGCGAGGUCAGCGGUGAUCUUCCCCAUUUUCACACCGCAUUUACUUCUGGGUACAUGCAUGUUGUUGGUUUACCCGAGGGCAUACCCGAGAUACUCGUCGAGAAGCAGAGAUAUGCCAUUGGUGAAACAGUCAAAGCCAACUGCACUGUACCACCCAGUAAUCCACCAGCUAAUGUCACUUGGAGCAUCAAUGAAAUUUCGCUCAACUCAACGUAUCACAAGACAAUCGCGGAGAAAAUGGACAAUCGAUCUCGUACAUAUGCUGGGCUGGAUUUUGAGAUAAGUCAGGACAGUUUUAGAAAUGGCAGACUACAAAUCACUUGUCAUGCUAAUGUCUUCCAGCUUUACAAGAUGGAUGUCACGACGCUUAUUGAUGAGGAACGACCGAGACUUGCUUCGGUGUUAGGCACUCGUGAUUCACCCCAUACUGGAAGCGGUGUUGCUAAUUUGACGAUUGCUCAUUGGAUAGUUCUCCUAGUAUCCGCCAACUCAAUUCUACAGUGUACGAGAUAACACGAAUCUGCAGAAAGUCUGAAUUAAAAUACUUUUGCGCGUAGAGAGAGAGAGGAUAUUUAAAGAGUGUAAAACCCUUCGAGAACUGAGUGAGAGUAUCAUUGUUGGAUGAAUUUAAAGUGACACCGAAAUCAAUGUUUUUGUGUCAGUGAGGAGAAUCGAGGUAAAAGAAAUCAUUGAAGCGAAAAAUCCAAAAAUAUCCCCAAGUCUACCCCGAGAAUCUAACGACUCCUAUUCCUCAAGAACAAAACCUUAAGAUAAGAAAUUUAAAAACAGAAAAUUCAAAAUCGAGUAAGACUUUCAACGAGCAUAUGUUAUUCGUGUAAAUAGAAGAAAUAUGUAAUAAUUUUAGCGAUAUUAUGUUGGCAUAUAUAAGGGACGAAAUUGCUCCACCGAGCAACUGGGGUUGUAAUCUAAGGGAAUUAUGAAGGAAAACUCAUAAUGUCAUUGUGUUAGAUCGAUAUUAACUAUCGGGUAUCGACGAAUUAUAUAUAAAUACAAAAAUGAUACAAAAUGGAUAAAGAAAUAACGAAUAUUAUACGGUGUUUUCUAUCCUGUGACGAUUAUUUUGAUACCUCCAACAAAAAAAAAAACCAUGAAUAGUUAAAAAAUAUUACCAUCAAAUGGAAAAAUACGUCCUGUCAAGUUUAUAGAAUGCUCUUAUUGUUUUAUGGAGUUGUUUCAGUUUGAAAAUGAACAAAUAAAUUAUGGAUUCUUCGUUAUUACUAAAUAAUUGUAAUUCUUGAAUUAUUACGACCACACACCCAUUUCCCCCACUGAUAAAAUUCAAAUAUCGCAGGUAAGUGCUUUUAAAUAAUAAAAUGUGAAAUAAAAUCACAAUUUAUGUUUAGAUAUCUGAGAAAAAAUGGAUGGGUAAUAAUUAUUUUGGGACUUCCAAGAAUUGAAAACUCAAAUAAUUGAUGAGUUAUUUGGAUUGUUAAUGCUGAAUAUAUGAAUUCUCAACUUUUCGUAAUUUUCCUGAGAAGCCACUCUCAUCGGGAAUAAAAAAAAAUAUUGCAGGUAAGUUCAAUUAAAAUAGUGAAUAAAAAAGCGAACGAAGAGAAUGAAAAAGUAAUGAUUUUUUUACGAUGUUUUACACUCCAUAACGGUUAUCUUGAUACCUCAACAAAAAAUAUAGCUCCUAAAAUCUACAAAAAGCCCUUACUAAAUGCAUCAU